GGUAAAAUCACGACCACCGACCACUUGCAAGAUUCCCCAAACAUCAUCGGUUAAAAAUUCUCCAUUUUCUCUCUCCUCAGAUUCUCCAAACCCCAAACAAAUAGUAUCAGAUACCUCCUCCUUUUUUGGUAGAAAAUUCCAUCAUUUUGUUUUGUCCAAUCUUUCAGCAAUUUGUUCUUCUUGAUCAACAUUCCUUUGGAAGAUUAAACUUUUGCGUUCUGGUUUUAAUUUGUAAGAGAUGGAGAUUGGUGAAAUUCUUGGGGAGUCAAAACCUGUGUCUGUGCCAACAAAGAGUGCAAUCUAUGUGUGGGGUUACAACCAGAGAGGGCAGACUGGAAGAGAAGAGAAAGAACAGAAGUUGAGGAUUCCGAGGCAGCUGCCGCCGGAGCUGUUUGGUUGUCCAGCUGGAUUCAAUACCAGGUGGCUGGAUGUUGCUUGUGGCCGGGAGCAUACCGCGGCUGUGGCCUCUGAUGGGUCACUCUUUACUUGGGGAGCGAAUGACUUUGGGCAGUUGGGAGAUGGAACUGAAGAAAGUAGGAAACAUCCGAAAAAGGUGAAUUUGUUAAGUACUGAAUUUGUGAAAUCUGUAUCCUGUGGAGCAAAUUGUACUGCUGCUAUUGCGGAGCCUCGUGAAAAUGAUGGGACGAUAUCAACUGGUAGACUAUGGGUGUGGGGUCAAAAUCAGGGCUCGGAUUAUCCUCGUCUCUUUUGGGGAGCCUUUACACCAAACACUGUUAUCCAUCAAGUUUCCUGUGGAUCAGUGCAUGUAGUGGCUUUGUCAGAGGAUGGUCUUCUUCAAUCUUGGGGGUACAAUGAACAUGGUCAACUUGGCAGAGGCUUUACCUGUGACGGAUUGCAGGGACCAGGUAUUCUAAAAGCAUAUGCAAGCCACCUUGAUGAAACCCCUGAGCUAUUGAAGAUGACUCAAGUGUCAUGUGGGGAGUAUCACACGGCUUCUGUAUCUGAGACCGGUGACGUGUACACUUGGGGUCUUGGCAACAUGGGUCAACUAGGACAUUGUUCCCUUCAAUCUGAAGAUAAGGAAGUAUUACCUAGACGGGUGGUUGCUCUUGAUGGGAUUCACAUUACCAGUGUUGCAUGCGGAGGUGUCCAUACAUGUGCAGUGACUGCAAAAGGAGCUCUAUAUGCAUGGGGUGGUGGGCAAGUUGGUCAGCUAGGCCUUGGACCGCAGGCGAUUUCAGCAUCUAUUAUUUUCAAGGAUUCUCAAGUAAUGCUUCGGAAUAUUCCGGCUUUGGUUAUCCCAAGUGGCGUGCAGCUUGUUGCAUGUGGUCAUUGUCACACACUUGUCUCUACCUCAGAUGGGAGAAUCCAUGGGUGGGGAUAUAAUAGCUAUGGUCAGGCUGCAAGUCAGAAUUCUACCUAUGCUUGGUACCCAUCACCAGUCGAUUGGUGUGUUGGAGAAGUGAGGAAACUUGCGGCUGGUGGUGGUCACUCAGCUGUGUUGACGGAUGCUUGUUCGUUGAAAGAUUUAUGUGAAUUCAGGCUUGCUGAAAGUGUUACUCUGGCAAAUGCUGCACAUAUUGAGGAUGUGGCAUUCAGAACCAGCUCUGAUGCUUUAUUACGCCUUUGUGAAAGAUUGAGGGAGCUGCAUAACGGUGGUGGAUGGGAACCCGAAGAUAAUGAUUCGAGUCUGAUUAGACCAUGAGGAAGAACUUGGUGCAAAAACCUGGUUUCCCGUGUCAUUGUAUUGGUUUAGGGAGAUCGUUAUUGGCUGUUAUUGCGUAUUAGGAAGGUUUCAGCUAUCGAAUCUCCCUUUCUCAAUGUAUUAAUGUAUAAACAUGAAUGUAUUGAAUCAAAAUUAUACUUGUAACUUGUAACUUGUAACUUGUAAGCUCAAUGUAACAUGCUUACCUUGAUACUAUAUUGAUUCUGAAUAGAGCAUUAUAUGGAUGCAAAUAUCAUAAGGUUAUCACAUUUAGUUAUUA